AUGGCGGCCACCAUAUCCUCCUGCCUGAGCCUCCUCUCCACCGUCACCGUGCACCACUGGGGCUUCCCCAAUGCGGCACUGAUGAAGGACACGCUUCAGCGCCGUCGUCGUCGUUCUUGCCACUAUGUCGUCGUCGUCGCCUCGGCGUUGACAACCGACCGGGCGGCCCCUGUGAUCGGGGACACGGGCCGCGGCUCUGAUCAGGCGGAGAAGCCGUCCGGGCAUUCUCUGACGACGGAGAACUGGCCGCACGGUGGCGGGAGAUCCAUGGUAGCAACAGCUGGGAUGCUCAUCCGCUACGGCGAGUUCGCGCAGGCCACCUACGACAGCUUCGACUACGACCGCUUCUCCCCCUACUGCGGCAGCUGCAAGUACCCGGCCAGGAACUUCUUCCACGACGUCGGCCUCGUCGGCGUCGGCUACGAGGUCAGCCGCUACCUCUUCGCCACCUGCAACGGCCUGAAGCUCCCCAACUUCGCCAACCGGAAGCACACGGCCUCCGACGCAAAGCUGUGGAGCGAGUCCGGCACGUUCAUCGGGUACGUGGCCGUGUCGACCGACGAGGAGACGGCGCGGCUCGGCCGCCGGGACAUCGCCGUGGCGUGGCGUGGCACGAUCACCCGCCUCGAGUGGGUGGCGGACCUGACGUCCGACCAGAUCCCGCUGCGCGAGACGGGCGUCCCGUGCCCGGACCCGGACGUGAACGUGGAGAGAGGAUCUCGGCGUGCGGGCGCUGCGCGUGGUGAACGUGCACGACAGGGUGCCCAAGGUGUCCGGCGUGUUCUUCAUCGAGGCGGCGUUCCCGGAGCUCGUGCUGCGGGCGGUGGACGGGCUGGGCGUCGGCGGCGUGUACACGCACCUGGGCGUGGCGCUGGAGCUGGACCACAGGGCGUCGCCGUUCCUCAAGGAGACCCUGGACAUCUCGUGCUACCAGCCUACCACAAUCUGGAGGCGCACCUGCAUCUGCUAGACGGCUUCCGUGGCUCCGGCGAGGGGUUCGAGCUCCGAGGCAGGGACCCCGCGCUGGUGAACAAGUCGGCCGACUUCCUCCGCGACGAGCACAUGGUCCGCCCGUGUGGUAACCAGGCGGAGAACAAGGGCAUGGUGAGGACGGAGGACGGGCGGUGGGUGCUGCCGCCGCGGCAGCGGGAGCUCGACGAACACCCGGAGGACACUGACCAUCACCUCCAGCGGCUCGGUCUCACCGCGUGA